GCCAUCACUUCGCUUUGGUUUCUCCCUGAUUUCUCCAUUUUUCCGCGCUUCGUUCCAUCCCCCACUGUUCCAAAAUGCAUUCUUUCGGCUACAGAGCCAACGCUCUGCUCACCUUUGCUGUCACCAUUCUCUCCCUUAUGUGCGCCCUCGCCUCUUUCUCUGAUAAUUUCAACUUCCCCACUCCCACCGCCCAAGUCAAGGUGCUGAACAUUAACUGGUUUCAGAAGCAGCCAAACGGCAAUGACGAGGUCAGCAUGACACUGAAUAUAUCCGCAGAUUUACAAACUCUCUUCACAUGGAACACAAAACAGGUUUUUGUUUUUGUAGCUGCCGAGUAUGAAACCCCAAAGAAUUCCUUGAAUCAGAUAUCCCUGUGGGAUGGAAUCAUUCCUUCUAAAGAGCAUGCAAAGUUUUGGAUACAUACUUCAAAUAAGUACCGCUUCAUUGACCAGGGAAGCAAUUUACGGGGGAAAGAAUUCAACUUGACGUUACACUGGCAUGUCAUGCCAAAAACAGGAAAAAUGUUUGCUGACAAAAUAGUAAUGCCAGGGUAUCGAUUGCCUGAGGAAUAUAGAUGAGUAUUUAAUUGUGUAUUGUUAAUGUUGUUGCUGUAACUUUAGACUCUAAAGGGUUAGAAGGCCAGCUUUAAAGGAACUAGUAUCAGGGGAAUGAAUUCUUGCUCGAGUUAGUGAAAUUCCAUGGCGUUUGAAUACUUGAGACAUUCC